AGUACCUCAAAUUUGUACUUACAGUACUUAAGUAAAUGUACUUAGUUACUGCUAUUGAUCAAUUACUCUUCUUGUCUGGAUUUGGCUUUGCAUUGCAUUGCUUUUACUGUUUAGAUCUAAGCUAUUAACAGUGUCACAUUGUAACUAAAGAUAACAAACUGGUUAAUGUAAUCUGUGGUGAGACAUUUUUUUUAGUUUUAUUUAGUCAAAUAGAAAAUGUAUUUCAACUUAUGGUUUUUUAGUCUUGGUGCUGAAAUGAGAAAGAAUAAUCCGUAAGCUGGUGCACUCAGUUCUUUCUAUCCACCUGCUUUGCAGAUGAUACUAGCUGAGAAAAUGUGUGAUGACAGUGCAGCCUGUAUAUUUAUUACCACACUGAUGAGAGCUGAUGGUACAGUUUUUCUUAUCUGUAGUGCACAUAGCCUUUCUGUGCUGGGCUGCAUCCAUUGAGCCCUGUGCUGCACCAUGCAAUCCCAUUAAGAUCUAUUAUGUCCAAGGAAUUGGAAAUAGUUUACAAAAUGUCAGAAAAGUGUGGUUUGCAAGGGAAAUAGAAGGACAACAUGUGACUAGUUUGUCGCUUGAAAAGCACUUUUCAUGCAGAUUAUAUCAGAUAGCGGGUUGUAGAAUAUUUCCUCCUCGUCAGAGUGUUGCGAAACAGUUGCUGAAAGGCUACGGCAUAUAUGUCUUAACAUCCUGCCAAAACAGCAAAGGAUGUUAGCAAAGUUUGUUAGGGAGUGACUCGGACCAACUCCUGCGUGGUUCAACACUCACUUAGUGAAUACUGGUGGAAGAAGAAGGCUUUAAAGUGUCUCCAUUCAGAGCUGGACAGAUAUGAACCCGUGUCCACAGGAUGAGUUCAGGCCUCAGAGUGCCGUGGUGAUUUCAACUACUGUUGUGGUGAAUAUUAUUUGGUGGAUGGUUAUGAUCGCAGCCAUUGGUGUGGGGUUGACAAAUCUGGGCCACUGUCCAUUACAGCCCAACAUCCCCAUCUACCUGAUAGUGCUGGGAGCGUCCAGCCUCCUCUCUCUGUCUCUGACCUACACCAGGAGCAUCUGGCAGGACGGAUGUAUCUCCAUCCUGAGCCUGACCUGCACCACCCUUCUACAUCUCUUCACUCUCAGCUGGUUCAUUGCAGGCACUACCUGGGUUUAUCCUGUAUAUCCUCCCAACUACACACCUGGAGUAGCUCGCUACUGCCAAAGGACAACCUACCAGUUUGCCUUCAUUGUCACCACCCUGGUGUGGGUCACUCUGAGUCUGGUGUUCGUCUGCGUUUUUUGCUUCGGCCUACUGACCUGCUGUAAGACUGUAACUGCAAGACGCAGAUUGAUACCCAGCCGCAAUUCUUUCUAUGGUGCGAUAAGCGAGGAACCCACUGCUGGUGAUGUGUGAUUUUGACAGGAGUGAAACUUUUGACCCAGAUUUUGACAGAUUCUCCUCCUGUUACUCAGGGUUAUUUUUAUUAUUUGUGGUAGUUUUUAUAGUUGUACACUAGGUAAGGUUGGCAAAAGCAUUGAUACUUCACUACUUGAUUGAUACCACAUUUAUAAAACAAUCUGAUCUCUGUUAAUUAUAUAUUCAGUAGUAUCAAAAUCACUGAAGUUAUAAAAAAACAGAUCUGCAGUCAGAUUUUCAACCCAAAGCUCAACGGAUGAAACUAUGGGGAAGAAAAUUCCCAUUACUAUUAAUAUUAUAUUGUUUUUCAUGCUAGUAUAGUAUCAAAGUUUAACAUUCUGGUAUUGUGACAGCAUUAACAGCAGAUAUAAAAGUUGUUGGCAGCUACAGGUAAAAAUAUUCAAACAGCAGCUCUCACACAAGCUCUCAACAAGGUUUUUCUUUCUGCAAUCUUCCUGAAAACGUUUGAAGAAAGGUACCUUACUUCACUUGAGACUUACGUAAUGUUUUUUUUUUUUGCAACGUUUUGAUAUAUUGGUUUUGUAUUACAACACACAAGGUCCUGCACUGAGACAGCUCUGCCCAGUGCAAUUUAACAUUAAUUAUCCUCCACAGGCCAGUUUAGUCAAAUCCAACAUGUGCUGAAACAUCAUAUCACUUUCAAGCAACUGCACUGUCACUGUCACUGAACUUCCUGUUGAAACAGUUCAUGUUUGAACUGAGAGAACAGAAAUCGUUAGAUAAUGUAGUGGCAGCUAAUACUUAUUCAGUAUUGAGAUGUAGAAUUGUUAUUGUACUGUGUUUUUAUAUUCGACUCUGCUGUGUGUGUGUGUUUCUGCAGUGGACCAACUUUUCUUGAUAGUAUCUCUUAGGAUGUAUAUUAUAUUAUAGGAUGGAUAAUGUAACAAUGAAUUGUUCGAUAUUGUUUGAAAUAAAAAGUUUGAUAUGUUGUUUGCAUGAUUGGAUUGCAUGAUUCCUGGGUACUAUUAAGCAUCGGAGGAUUGUCUGGUUAUCUUGUCAGUAUAUCACCCAUAGCUAUAUGGUAUGAGAUGAAGAACUUGAUGGUCCUGACGAUGACGGCCUUGA